AGAAGAACCAGCGCUGGUGGAAGAGGUCGAUGCCCUCCUGGGCCUGCAGCUGCUUCUUCAGGAGGCCGAUGGUGUCGGCCAUGCUGGCGCUGAGGCGCAGGUCCUUCCCCGUCGACAGCCGUACCUGCAGAGAGCGGCGGAGCGGUGGAGCGCGAUGGCUGCGGACAGUGCCUUGCUGCUGUCGCUGGUGGAGGAAUUCGUCUCCGGAUUGCAGGACAGCAAAGCACAGGACGCCGCUAAAGGUGUCAGAGAUGGACACUUCACUGUGCUGCAGUUAGUGGAGGCGCUGGGGCUGAGCCUGACCAGCUCGGAGCCGCAGACUCGCGCCCGAGGCGUCCAGCUGCUGUCCGACGUCCUGCAGGAAGACUCUGCCGCGCUCUCGCAGAGAGAAGUGGAGGUGCUCAUCGCGUUCUACGAGAACCGCCUCAAAGACAACUACGUGGUCACGCCGCCCGUCUUACGGGGACUGCUGGCUCUGACCAGGUGUGCGGCGCUGCCUCCAGGCUCGGCCGUGUCCAUGCUGAGGUCGCUGUUUCAGGACGUUCACGUCCAGUCGCUGAUGAUUGCAGAGAGAGCGUGUGUCUACAACAUGCUCAUCAACCUGAUGGACACCAGAGAAGCUGAGCUGAAGAGUUUGGGAGCAGACUUUGUCUUCGGUUUCGUCCAAUCCAUGGACGGCGAGAGAGAUCCUCGCAACCUGCUGCUAGCCUUCCAGAUCGCCAGGAACAUCGUGGUCCGAGGAUACGACCUGGGUAAAUUCACUGAGGAGCUCUUUGAAGUGACUUCCUGCUAUUUCCCCAUCGACUUCACGCCGCCCCCCAACGACCCCCACGGCAUCACCAAAGAGGAGCUGGUUCAGGCUCUGAGGGCCGUCCUCGCCGGAACGCCAAAGUUCGCUGAGUUUCUGUUCCCGCUCCUCAUCGAGAAGCUGGACUCGGACGUUCAGAGCGCCAAGCUGGACGCGCUGCAGACGCUGAACGCGUUUCUGUCUCGCUGCGAGCACACGGACACGGCUGAGUUCCUGCAGGGCUUGUGGUCGUCGCUGCGCCGAGAGGUGUUUCAGACUUCCAGCGAGAAGAUAGAAUCUGCAGCCCUCGCCGCCCUCACCGCACUCACUUCCUGUCUGUCUCGCUCGGUGCUCAGCUCCGACUCGGAGGACGUCCUGGGUCACUUCCUGGAAGUCGUUCUGAAAGACUGUGAGCAUCACCUGCGUGAGCCGGACCUGAAGCUGGUGUGGCCCAGCGCCAAGCUGCUCCAGGCGUGCUCCGGCGCCUCCUACAGGGCGAGCCGCGUCAUAGCGGCGUCCGUGCUGCCCGCCCUGACGGAGCAGUACAGCAGCAAAACGCAGUGCUCUCAGAGGCGGACGCUGCUGGAGGUGCUGCAGCGCUUCGUCCAGUCGGUGAAAAGCAGCCGCUCCACGGAGGACGACGAUGGCGUGCUUUCCGCCCACCGAGCCGAUCUGUGCGGCGUGGCGUUUGCCGCUCUCUCCGAGAGCAACGCCAGCCUGCAGGUCACCGCCGCGGCCCUGCUCGCCUCGCUGGCUCGGCAAACGGGUCUGCUGCUGGAGGCGGACGUCCGGCUGGCCGUGGAUCACCUGACCCGCCUGCUGCUGACGGAGGACGACGACCGAGUCAGCGCGGCUGUGGUGGAGUGUGCGGGCGUCCUGGCGGAGCUGCACCCUGCAGCCUUCGCCACGCGGCUGAUCCCCAGACUGAAGGAGGAGGUGUUCUCUGACGCUUCACAGCAGCAUUCCCAUCAUGCAGUGCGUCGGCGGUGUCUGUCGGCUCUGGCAGCCGUUUCCACGCAGCCCAGUGUCGUCCAGGAGAGCACGCCCGUCCUCCUUCAGGUCCUCAAGUCGGCGCUCACAGGCGGGGUUUCCCUGGAGGAGGCGGUGCUGGCGUGCCGCAGUCUGCAGCGGAUCGCCGCGCGGGUUCAGGACACGGAGGAGGCGGGGACCUGCUUCCAUGAUGUCAUCAUCCCACGUCUGCUGUCGCUGGCGCUGCAGGCGGCGCUGCAGGAGGAGGACUCCUCCGGGCGGGGGGGCGCUCUGGUGCAGGAGGACUUCCUGUCGGCCGUGGUUCCUGUCAUCAGCACUUCCUGCUCCAGACUCCAGCCCACGCUGGCGGCGAGGACGGCGUCCAGGGCGGUCUCGCUCUUCCUGGAUGGCGACGUGUCGUGUCUGCCGGAGAACUCUUUCCCGCCGCGCCUCCAGCUGCUCCAGGCUGAGGAGGUUUCAUGGCGGCGCUCUCAGCUGGUCUGUCUGCUCAUGGGCUGCGUCUGCGCGCUGCCCCGCGGCGUGGAGCUUCCUCGCACAGACGAGCUGCUGUCCCGCCUGGAGGAGAUGAGCUGCACCUGCCGCCACCCGCUGUCCUACACGGCCGCCGCCAAAUGCUUCGCCGGCCUGGUCAACAAGAGCGCCGAGGGCGGCGCUCUGGACGGCGUGAUCCAGAGGGUGAGGGCUAGGAUCUGCAGGGAGCUGGACUCCUCCUCCUCGCCGCUGCGGACGCAGGCCUUCACGCUCCUCGUCUGGGUUUCCAAAGCGCUGCUGCUGCGGUACCACCCUCUGUCCACCGGCCUGACGGACCAGCUCUUCUCUCUGCUGGACGACGCCCACCUGGGGGCGGCGGCGGCGGACGGCUUCCUGCUGCUCAUGAGCGACUCCCCAGACGUCCUGAACCGCGGUUGCCAUGCCGACGUGCGCAUCAUGUACCGCCAGCGCUUCUUCAGCGAGAACUCCGCCAAGCUGGUGCAGGGCUUCAACGCCGCUCCACAAGAGAAGAAACCAAACUACCUGAAGGCGCUGUCCAACAUCGUGAACACGCUGCCCCAGCAGGUCCAGGUCACCGAGCUGCCGGCGCUGCUGUCGCUGCUGCUGGAGGCGCUGACGUGUCCCGAUCAGGGCGUGCAGCUGUCCACGCUGUCCUGUCUGGAGCCCGUCAUCGCCAGCCCCCCCCCGGUCCUGCUGCAGCAGCUGGAGGCCGUGGUCGGCCGUCUGCUCGCCCUCGUCUGCAGCCCCGCCAUGAAUGUCCGGAUGUCGUCGCUGCGCUGCGUCCGCGCUCUCUCGCUCCUCCCCGCUCACCAGGUGUUGCCGUUUCGGGCGCGGGUGCUGCGGGCGCUGGCUCCGCCCCUGGAUGACAGGAAGCGGCUGGUGAGGCAGGAAGCGGUUCAGGCGCGAGGAGAGUGGUUCCUCAUAGGAAGUCCUGGAGGAAGGUGAUGCCGCACCAACGGCGCCGAACCCAGAAGGACCUUCAGCACCAAGUCUCUCUGAGCCGCUCAGCUCCUCAGCGUCUCCUCUUCUUCAUCACAGCUUUUUUUUAUUUUAUCUAUAUUUUUUGCUUCAACAAACAAAAACCUGCACUGCUGAAGACAGGAAGUGACUCCGUUCAGUUACAAAACAAAAGCCUUUACAUGAUUAAAGGUGUUUUUUAAAAAUGUUUUUCUUUUGUUACAUGAAAAAAUGCAGUUGGUUAAAGUUACUAACAGUAUAUUAAAACAUGAUAUUGAGAUAAAGGUUUUUUCUUGUUUGGAUUCAUUUCCAUAAAGUGGGCGUGGCUUCAUUUUUUUUUUUUUGAUUGAAGUAAUAAAAAUUGGAUACAAAAUAAAGUUGAAAUCACCUACAAUUCAUUUUGUAUUAACUUUAUUACAAAUACAUUAUAUAUUUUUUAAUUUUUACUUUCUGGACUUUUACUUUGAAAAAUGUGAAAUAAGAACAUUUAACGAUCAAAUUGCCGUUAUGUUUUUUUUCUGCGUUAGCAGAAGUUUGACUGUGAAAUGUAAUAAGAAAAAGUGAGAAAAGCCAAAACUUUUACCAGAGUAAAAGUCUUUAUGCAACCAUUUGCAGUAAAUGUUUUAUUUUGAAGGGUUCUAGGAUGCUGCAUCGUCUCCUCCAGCUUCCUGCAGUCUGAAUGUACUUGGUGUUGCGUUCAGGGACGUCCGAGCAUCUCGCUGCCAUUGUGUGACGUUUGUCGACGGCGGCGUGGGCGGGGCUUCUCACAGACCUCAGGUUGCCUCAAACCUCUGACCUCCUGGGGUCAACGUGGGGUCACGUCUGCAGCUUUUGAUCCCGAAUGUUAAACAUGUGACUGAUGAUCCGAUUAAAAUUUCAAACUUAA